AUGUACGUUGAUCCUUGUGGAGCUGAUCCCAGAAAACUCGUGAUUAGGAGGGCUGGUGACAGCUCUCCCCUGGAAAAGAAGUUGUCCAUGGAGUUGACAAACGAUAUGAGAACGAUCGGAACAUCCAAUGGAUGGCUAACUACUUUGAAGGAGGGCGUGAUGGGUCUCCAAGACAUUGUUGCAUCGGAUGCAGAUCCAAAACGUAUAUCUCUGCCUCCUCUUGAGGCUCUUCCUCAUUGCCAAACCCAAAUUAUCACCAACGUGGCAAUUUCCUCAUCUUCUCCCGAGGAAGAGGAUUGUGUUGUGGCUGUCAAGUUCUUGGGACCUCAGCUCAGCUUUUUCAGAUUCGCUCAGAGUAACUCCGAGUGGACCAACAUCAGAAUCCCAAACCCUUGCUUCUUCUCUUCCCCUGUCAUGUAUUCCAAGAAAGAUAACAUGUUUCGCAUACCUGGAUGUGGAGGCCACCUCAUUGCAUCAUGGGAUCUUCACAAACAUGGCGAGAAGCCCAAGUUUAGGAGGUUUCAGUUCAGAAAGAUUCUCAAUCUGACAAAGAACAACAAAACGUUUCUUGAUUCGUGCUACAAAAGCGAACACUUGGUGGAGUCAAUAACCACCGGUGAAACUUUCAUGGUUAAGUUGUACAAGAAGACCAUCGGUGGUACUGCGAGGAUAAAAACAGAAGCUUUAAUGGUGUUCAAGCUAGAUGAUAAAGGAAGUGCUGUUUACACUCAAGACAUCGGAGAUCUCUGCAUUUUCCUCACAAAGUCUGAACCUUUCUGCGUCCCUUCUAGCUCUUUACCCGACAUGUAUCCUAACCAUGUCAAAAUCUUGGAUGUCAACGAAACCACAAUUGUCAAUCUUGCUGAUCAAUUUGAAAGUGGAAAUUAUUAAGAGUAGCAACCUCCAUUGGUGACGUUACG